UUAAAUUUGCGCUCCUCAUGGCCACUCUUUCCCUCAUGCUCGCUGCAGCUUUGAUCUCUUAACAACAGGAACGUCAUUGCUCAAGCACUGAAGGGGAGUUUUUAUCGAAGGGCAGAGUCUGGUUACCUCUAGAGGGCUUCGACGGCAGUAGCUGCAGGCAGCAUCCACGGAACUUCUACGAGGAGCGCACAGUCGGUCUCUAUCAGCCCCCAAACUUCAGCGAUUGUCUUAGGAAUGGAACACCAGCUUCUUUGCUGCGAAGUGGAGACUAUUAGGAGAGCGUACCAAGAUACGAAUUUGCUCAAUGACAGAGUUCUACAAGCAAUGCUCAAAGCUGAAGACAAUUACCUUCCUGCCACGAACUACUUAAAAUGUGUUCAAAAAGAAAUUGUGCCUUACAUGAGGAGAAUUGUUGCCACAUGGAUGCUUGAGGUCUGUGAAGAACAGAAAUGCGAAGAGGAGGUUUUUCCCUUGGCUAUGAAUUACUUGGACAGAUUUUUGUCCGUUGAGCCGACAAAGAAAACAAGAUUACAGUUACUGGGAGCCACUUGCAUGUUUUUGGCAUCAAAAAUGAAGGAAACCAUUCCUUUAACAGCUGAGAAGUUGUGUAUAUACACCGACAAUUCAAUCCGACCUGGCGAGUUACUGCAAAUGGAGCUACUUGUGCUGAACAAGCUGAAAUGGGAUCUAGCGUCAGUCACUCCACACGAUUUCAUUGAACAUUUCCUCUCCAAACUUCCCAUUCAUCAGGACACCAAGAAAAUCCUUCGCAAACAUGCUCAGACCUUUGUGGCCCUCUGUGCUACAGACGUUAAGUUCAUCGCAAACCCACCCUCUAUGAUUGCUGCUGGGAGCGUGGCGGCUGCCGUACAGGGCCUCCACCUGAAGAGCCUGGACGUGUCACUCACCUCCCAGAACCUCACAGAGCUGCUGUCACAGAUCAUCAAGAGUGAUCCGGACUGCCUCCGGGCCUGUCAGGAGCAGAUCGAGUCCUUGCUGGAGACGAGUCUGCGGCAGGCGCAGCAGCAGCACGCCGGCUCCACAGAGACGAAGAGCAUGGAGGAGGAGGUGGACCUCUCCUGCACCCCGACGGACGUGCGAGAUGUGAACAUUUGAGUGGGGAGGACGAGAGGCCGUGCGACGAUUCGGGCGAGAGGCUUUUUCAGGAAGAGAGGGAGAGACGGAGGAGGAUGAUGCUUUGCGGUCACUCAGCACCCCUGUACUCCCACGGACGCUCUAGUGCUCGCGGCAUAGUGCUUGACCCCCCCCCACACACACCCCCAA